AUGAAACUUUUUACAAUAUUUAUUUUUGGCCUUGUAUUGGCAUUGGCACUUGCCGAAGGCGAUGAAGCCGAUGAAGGAGCCAAGGAUGAAGGCGGCGAUGACAAAGAUGAAGGUGGUGAUGACAAAGGAGAUGGCGGUGAUGACAAAGGUGAUGGUGGUGAUGACAAAGGUGAUGGUGAUAAAGAUAAAGGUGAUGGCGAUAAAGACAAAGAUGAUGCUGGUGGAUCUAAACCUCCUGCUGGUGGAUCUAAACCUCCUGCAGGUGGCUCCCCUUCUCCUGCUCCAGGAAAAGCACCAGCUGGUGGCGCUCCCUCUAAGAAACCUGCUGCAGGUGGAAAUAAACCAGCUGGUAAUAAACCUGCCGGCUCAAAUAAGCCAGCUAAUAAUAAGCAACAACUGGCUAAAAAACGACAAGAAGUUAAGAAAAAUCAAAUGAAAAUUUUGAAAAAACAACAGGCUAUGAUGAAAAAACAGCAGGCCAAUAGGAAAAGAAUUCAGGCCGUUAGGAAGAGGCAAAUGGCCUUAGUUAAAAGACAACGUGCUAUUGUGAAACAACAAACGGCUAAUUUGAAAAGGCAACAGGAAAACUUUAAACUUCAACAGGCCAAUUUGAAGAAAUUACAGGCCAAAAGAAAGAGGAUGGCUGCUAACCAAAGGAGAAAUGGAGCAAAUAACAAGAAGCCAAAUCAAAAAGCUGGUGCCAACAAGCAAAAGGUUCCAAACAGACAAGGAUAA